AAGUCAUGGAGGAUGAAUGUUCAUUUGGUGCUGUCCGGCUGGAGGGAAAACGGAAUGAGAGCCAGUCCUCGUCCAACAUUGACUUCCAACCCUCCGAGAUGGGAACGAAAGAAUAUUGGGACCAUGCUUAUGAAAGGGAACUCAAGGGCUUCAAUGAAUCAGGAGAUACAAGUGAGAUUUGGUUUGGCGAAGAAAGUAUGGAUCGCAUCCUAAACUGGUUAGAAAAGCAUAAUAUUCCAAAAGAUGCUGCCGUGUUGGAUAUUGGGACUGGAAAUGGACUUCUUUUAGUUAAGCUAGCAAAAGCUGGGUUUACCAAUCUUUCUGGAAUUGAUCAUUCAUCCACUGCUGUAGAGCUUGCUAAAGCUGUAGCUGAAAAGGAAGGGAUAUUGUCUGUGAAUUUACAGGUAGCAGACUUUUUGAAUCCAUUCCCUUAUCUUUCCCAUUAUGAAAUUUGCAUUGACAAGGGAACUUUUGAUGCCAUUAGUCUUAGUUUUGACAACCCGGGUGAGAAACUGAGACGUUAUCACCAGUCCUUGUUGAAUGUUCUGAAGAAUGGAGGGCUGUUCCUUAUAACAUCGUGUAACUGGACGAAACAAGAACUUGUCAAUCAUGUCAAUGAAGGAUUAGAGUUGCUGGAGGAACUACCAACGCCUAAAUUCCAUUUUGGUGGAAAAACUGGAAGUAGCGUAACAGUGCUGGUUUUCAAACGAAAAGAAUGAGGCUGGAUAACAGCACGUCCCAAGCACCUCCUGGUGUUCAUAUCCUAAUUACUGCUCUCCUAGAACCAGAGUUACUUAAACAGACUCAAUACUGUCUUUUAUUUAUACAUGGUGCGCAGUGAACAUGUGAAAAUGAUUAUUUUUGUAUCAAUGUCAUGGUUCCACAAUGUUUGAAAUUAUUACUAAAACUGUUAGAAAAAUAAAACAUAAAAGUGAUUUGUGUCAUUCUUAACAUCUAAGACCAGUAAUUCUUUUCCUUUCCCCACGAACGCCUGUUACAAAGCACUCUAAUGGCCUCUUGUGGUAUAAUAUUAUUAAUACAUAAAUCUGUGAACUCAUGUUAAUCCUGGGGAGGGCAUCAGUAUUAAAACUGAAGAUCACAUUUAUACCACUCGCUCCAAGAAGAUUGUGACCUUGGUUUUGAAAUCCUGUUUGAUCUAUGUUAAAAGUCUGCCAAAGCUUGUUUUGAUGGAUGUUGCAUAUCAGAAAGAUCAUAGGAAAUCUGAAAGCUAUAAACCAUAUUUCAUUCUCAAAUUUUGGACAUUAGCCAACUCAGUUUUUUUUUACUGAUUUUUGCCAACUUAAAAUUUAAUGAUAGCCAACAUAACAUGUCUUGAUAGGUGGACAAUAUUCAGUAUCCUUGGCAAAAGAAAUUAAUUAUUUAAAAAAAUAAUUUGAUCAGUUCACAAAACUUUCAUUUGGCAUUUGAGAAGCUAGUUACCUAUGGAAGUAGACCAUAAGAUAUAGGAGCAGAAUUAGGUAAUUUGACCCAUCAAGUCUGCUCUGCUAUUUCAUCAUAGUUAAUCCAUUUCCCUCAGUCCCAAUCUCCUGCCUUCUCUCCAUAUCCCUUUAUGCCCAGGCCAAUCAAGACUCUGUUAACCUCUGCCUUAAAUACACCCAAUGACUUGGCCUUCACAGCCACCUUUUGCAAGAAAUUCUAUAAGUAGUAACUUAUAGAAUGGAAAAUAGUUUUACUAGUUUAUUAUUAUUGCUCAUUUGGCAUUCUAACCCAGUUAAUUGUCAUGAUUUGCUAUACACAACAUUAGAUGGUUUUGGCAAAAUUUAAUAUUUGAGACAUGAGUAGAUGCAAUGAUCCAGUACAACUUCCUUUUCUUUAAGUUAUUAUUUAUUGCUGUUUCCUGUCUUACAAACUGUGACACUGUUUUGCUGUUGGGAAAAAAAAACUUAUUAACCAUCUAGAAUAAAAAUACAGCCUGUAUACAAAUGUGCAUAAAUACUUUAAUUAUGUUAAGGGAAAAAUAAAAGUUUUCUUGUU